AUGUCCCAGGUCUCAAAGAAUUUUUAUCAGGUAAGCCUUUAUCUUUAUUGUCAUAGUUAACAUAUUAUAAAAUUAAAUUAACUAUAAUAAGCCUUUUUUCACUUAAAAGAAGCUUUUAGCACCUUUUGUACCAAAUCUAUCAAGCCUUUUAGUAUUAACAUGACAAAGUUCUACGUCGUUUAAUACUAGUACGACAACUUUUUUUAGACUUUUUGUACUAUUAUAACAAGAUUUAAAGACUUUUGAAUAGUAUAGUGACCUUUUGUUUUAAAAACUAACCCAAGGAUAUAUAAAAGAUCAAGUUCUUUUUAUCAGUUUCUAAAUAAGUUUAGCCGUUUGAUUAAUGGCCAUCAAAUAAAUGGCCAUAGCAUCUGUCCAAAUCUCCUUUAGCGUAUUUCUAGUCGCUAAAGGAUUUAACUAUUUAUCAAGCUUGAAGGAAGUAGUACUAAUUUUAUAAAAAAGUAGCAGUAAAAUAAUUCACUUUAUUAAAAUGAAAAAGUAAUUUGUCAAAGAAAAUUAUUUGACUAAAACCUCAAAAAACUGAAAAAUAAUAAUUUUAGGUUGUAAAAUCCGCCCCAAAAGGUCGCUACAAGGGAAUUAAGCGUAACUACGAAGUCGAAGAUGUCCUCAAGCUUCGCGGAUCCUUCGAUAUUGAAUAUACGUUAGCUACACGCGGUGCCAACAAGCUAUGGCAACUUUUGCACACCGAGCCGUUCGUACCAGCUUUAGGUGCCCUUACUGGUAACCAAGCCGUUCAAAUGGUCCGUGCUGGCCUCAAAGCCAUUUACUUGUCCGGUUGGCAAGUGGCCGCUGAUGCCAACUCGGUUGGUGACAUGUACCCUGACCAAUCGUUGUACCCGGCUAACUCAGGCCCAGAAUUGGCCAAGAGAAUCAACAAGGCCUUGAGAAGAGCUGAUCAAAUUGAGUGUGUUGAGGCUGAAGAUUACCAGGCUCAACGUGACUGGUACGCUCCAAUCGUGGCUGACGCUGAAGCCGGUUUUGGUGGAGCUUUGAACUGUUUCGAACUCAUGAAGGCUUACAUUGAAUCUGGUGUAGCUGGUGUUCACUUUGAAGAUCAACUGGGAUCAGAAAAGAAGUGUGGUCACAUGGGUGGUAAAGUACUUAUCCCAACCUCACAACACAUCAAGCACUUAAAUGCUGCUCGUCUUGCUGCUGAUGUCUGUGGAGUACCAACCAUCAUUGUGGCCCGUACUGACGCUGAAUCAGCUCGUUUGUUGACCAGUGACAUUGAUGAAGCCGAUCACUUCCACAUUGACCGCUCAAAGCCACGAACUCCAGAAGGCUUCUUCCAACUGAAAGAAGAAACAGCCCUUCAAGCCUGUAUUCAACGUGCCAAAGCCUACGCUCCCUACACUGAUCUCAUCUGGAUGGAAACUUCUCAUCCUACCCUCGCCGAUGCCAAGGAAUUCGCUGAAGGAGUACGUCGUGACUACCCUGACCAGAUGUUCGCCUACAACUGCUCACCAUCGUUCAACUGGCGCAAGCAUUUACGCCAAUCAGAUAUGGAGAAGUUCCAACGUGAGUUGGGUGCCAUGGGCUUCAAAUACCAAUUCAUCACAUUGGCCGGCUUCCACGCCAACAACUUUGCCGUCUUUGAUUUGGCCAAGAACUACAAAGAGCGUGGAAUGGCCGCCUACUCCGAGCUUCAAGAAAAGGAAUUCGCCGCCGAAAACGUUGGCUACACGGCUGUCAAACAUCAACGUGAAGUCGGUACCGGAUACUUUGAUUACGUCGGUACUGCGGCUUCAGGUGGAAUUUCUUCGACUGCUGCCCUUAAGGGAUCAACAGAAGAAUCUCAAUUCCACACCGCUACCGCUCCAGCUGAUGAAGAUGAAAUUGUCACUAUCACUGCCCCAACCGAAGCCGGUGAUGAGAAGAUCUUGACUCCAGAUGCCACUCGCUUCUUGAAGGAUCUUCACCAGAAGUUCGAGCCAAAGAGAAGAAAGUUGUUGGCUCAAAGAAAGAUCUUGCAAGUAAGUAUUUAUAACAUAUUCUGAUUUAUUUUACUUUUGACUUGCCUUUUUGCCUAAAUUUCACUAUUUUAUUUUGUCAAAUUUUUUAUAAUUAAAAAAAAUUCAUUAUUAUACUGAAGAAGCCUCACCAAAAAUAAAAUUUUGCUCAUUUUACCUUGUUUUAGGCCCGCAUCGACUCUGGAGAAUGGUUCCCAGACUUCGACCCAGCCACAGCCGCUCUUCGCGAAGAUCUGUCAUGGAAGGGCGCUUCAAUCCCACAAGAUAUGAGCGACCGUCGUGUUGAAAUCACCGGCCCAACUGACCGUAAGAUGGUGAUCAAUGCCUUGAACUCCGGAGCUCGCGUCUUCAUGGCCGACUUCGAAGACUCCAACUCGCCAACCUGGAGAAACCAACUUGAAGGUCAAAUCAACUUGUACGAUGCCGUUCGUGGUAACAUUGAGUACACUCACCCAGCCACCAAGAAACGCUACGUCCUCGAAGACAAUACAGCCGUCCUGAACGUGCGCCCAAGAGGUUGGCACUUGCCUGAGAAGCACGUUAUCAUCAACAAGGAGCCAAUCAGUGGUUCGUUGUUCGAUUUCGGUCUCUACAUAUUCCACAACCACAAGGCCUUGCAAGAGAAGGGCUCGGCCCCAUAUUUCUACUUGCCAAAGCUCGAGAACGCUCAAGAAGCCGCGUUGUGGGCUGAAGUGUUCGCCUACACCGAAGAGAAACUCGGCAUUCCACACGGUACCAUCAGAUGUACCAUUUUGAACGAGCACUUGUUGGCUACAUUCCAAACUGACGAGAUUAUCCACGCCUUGAAGGACUACAUCAUUGGUGUCAACUUUGGCCGCUGGGACUACUUGUUCAGUUACAUCAAGGUCUUGCGCAACCACAGAAAACACUUGCUGCCCGACAGAUUCCAAUUGAGUAAGUUGCUGUAUUGAAAAUAAGACAUUUUUAGAGUUGUAAAAGGCAAUAAUUCGUUAAGCAAAGUUAAAUGAAAAUAUUAAUAUAUGAUGUAACCUUUUUAGCCAUGACCUCGCAAUUCAUGAGAACCUGUGCCCUCCACCUGAUCCAACGUUGCCAUCAACGUGGCAUCUUCGCCAUUGGAGGAAUGGCCGCCAACAUCCCAAUCAAGCACGAUGAAUCCGCCAACGCCAAAGCUUUUGCCGCCGUCCGCGCUGACAAGGAACGUGAAGCUACCGACGGUAACGACGGAUCUUGGGUAGCCCACCCUGGCCUCAUCCCAUUGGCCAUGGAAGUCUACAACAAUGUCAUGCCAGGACCAAACCAAAUUGAGAAACAGCUCACCGGCUUCCAAACUGAUGCCAAGGCCUUGACCGAAGUCCCCGAAGGCACUCGCACCGAGUUCGGCUUCAGACGCAACAUAUCCGUCACCUUAGGUUACUUGGACUCGUACCUCCGUGGUGUCGGAUGUGUACCAUUGUACAAUAUGAUGGAAGACUAUGCCACUUGUGAAGUGUCGAGAGCCUUGUUGUGGCAAUGGCUUCACCACGAUGCCAAGUUAGAAGACGGAAGAACCGUCGACCCCAACCUGAUCAAGCAGACCAUCAACGCUGAAACUGAACGACGAUUGAUCAGAGCCGGCUCCGUUGUUAACAGGAUCCCAGAAGCCGCCGAAUUGUUAGAAGCCUCAGUUCUGUCCAGCGAAUUCCCAGACUUCUUGUCCUUGGUGUCAUACGACAAGUUGGUCAGUGAUGGAAAGUGA